AUUGGGGCUUCCCUUCAACAAAUUACUGCCACAUAUCUAUCUGGAGGUCGUUUGAAAUCUGUCGAUUUGGAUAUUGGAAAAGUCGCUGAACAACGAGCUGAGCCAUGUCUCCAACAGUGCGUCUUCAGGAGAUGAUUCGUGUGAUCAGGUCAGCGAGGACACAGGGUGAGGAGCGGGGUGUCAUCCAGAGAGAGUGUGCUGCCAUUCGGGCACAGUUUAGACAAGCCGAUAAUGGGGGUCGCUCUCACAACCUGGCCAAGCUGCUCUAUGUGCACAUGCUGGGCUACCCGGCUCACUUUGGUCAGAUGGAGUGUGUUCGACUUAUAGCCAGCCCUCGCUACAGUGAGAAGCGUGUGGGUUACCUGGGCGCUAUGAUGCUGCUGGAUGAGAAGCAAGAUGCCAGCCUGCUCAUCACCAACUCCAUAAAAAAUGACCUGUCUCACAGUAGCCAGUAUGUGCGGUCCCUGGCCCUGUGCACACUGGCCUGCAUGGGCUCAGCUGAAAUGUGCAGGGACCUGGCACCUGAGAUUGAACGGCUACUCCAUGCAUCCGUCUCCUACAUCAAGAAGAAGGCCGCUCUGUGUGCCGUUCACAUUGUGAGAAAAGUGCCAGAACUGGGAGAGCUCUUCACCCCUACCGCUCGUUCACUGCUAUCAGAGAAGAACCACGGUGUGUUGCAUGGGGCUGUGAUUCUGAUCACUGAACUGUGUGAGCAAAGUCCAGAGACACUGGGGCGCUUCCGAAAGGCAGUGCCAGAGCUGGUUCAGAUGUUGAGAGGAUUGGUGAUGUCAGGGUACUCCCCAGAGCACAACGUGGCAGGAAUCAGUGACCCCUUCCUACAGGUGCGCAUUUUGAGGUUGCUGAGAAUCCUUGGCCGCAAUAAUGAUGCGGCCAGCGAUGCGAUGAAUGACGUACUUGCCCAGGUUGCUACCAACACAGACAGCAGUAAGACUGCGGGCAGCGCCGUGCUUUAUGAGACCGUUCUGACUGUGAUGGACAUCAACUCGGAGAGCGGCCUCAGGAUCCUGGCCGUCAACAUCCUGGGAAGAUUUCUACUCAACAAUGACAGGAACAUUCGGUAUAUUGCUAUGACCUCCCUUCAAAAGAUUGUUUCAACAGACCACAAUGCCGUGCAGCGUCACAGGGGCACCAUAGUGGACUGCCUCAAAGACCAGGAUGCUUCUGUCAAACGCCGUGCAUUGGAGCUGUCCCUGGCCCUGGUGUCAGCCAUCAACAUCCGCUCUAUGAUGAAGGAGCUGCUCCUCUUCCUCUCCUCCUGCCCGCCUGAGCUCAAGGCUCAAACAGCUUGCGGCAUAUUCAAUGCCGCUGAGAGGUAUGCUCCCUCCCAGCGCUGGCACAUUGACACCAUCCUGCAUGUCCUCACCACGGCAGGGGGUGACGUGAGAGACGAGACGGUGCCCAACCUGAUCCAGCUCAUCACCACCACCUCCGAACUGCACUGUUACACAGUCCACAAGCUCUACAGGGCUCUUGUUACCGAUAUCUCCCAGCAGUCCCUGGUGCAGGUGGCCUGCUGGUGUAUAGGGGAGUAUGGAGACCUGCUACUUCGGGGAGAGUGUGAGGAGACCGAGCCUGUUCAGGUCACUGAGGACGAUGUCUUGGACGCCCUGGAAGCGGUGCUACAGUCCCACAUGUCGUCCCCGGCAACCAGAGGCUUCGCUCUCACAGCCAUCAUGAAACUAAGCACGCGCAUCACUGACAAUGUGAACCGGAUCAGAAGCAUCGUCAGCAUCUAUGGAAGUUGCAUAGACUUGGAACUCCAACAGAGGGCAGUUGAGUACAACGCUCUGUUCAAAAAAUAUGACCACAUGAGGGCAGCAGUGCUGGAGAGGAUGCCUGUGAUUGACAAGAGCUCCCUGGACCAUACCAACGGAAAAGCAUCAGGGGGGACUGUCAAUGACAUGGAGCCAACCAAACUCAAGCAGGGAGAGCCAGUGUUGGCACAACAGCCUGCUAACCAGGUGUGUGAUCUUUUGGAUUUGCUGAGUGGCUCUGAAGAGCCGCUCCAGCCCAGCCCAGCCCAGGGUCCGACAGUAGCCUGCCCACCCACAAACACAGCCAGCACGACCGGUGGAGACCUCCUAGAUCUGCUAGGGGGCCUGGAGCUCACACCCUUGACACCCUUAACACCCGUGCCCACUGUGACAGUGUAUGAGAAGAACGGCGUGACUGUGAAGCUCCAUUGUGACAGACAGACAGAUGUGGGAUUAACGGCCACACUUACAGCCUCCAACACCAGCGACUCUGAUAUCAGCAGCUUCACCCUCCAGGCAGCAGUCCCCAAGAGUGUCCAGUUACAGAUGAAGGCCCCCUCAGGGGACUUUCUCCCAGCGCGAGGCACAGCAAACGUGACACAGACAGUGCUCCUCAACAACCCAAACAAUGUGAACCUGAAGAUGAGACUCCGUCUGUCCUACACCAGCCAGGCGUCGGUGUUUCAGGAUACGGUGCAGGUCGAUUCCUUCUCCAGCCCUGCCGACCAGUGAUGCCUGUCAAUAAGUGAAAUAAGCCUCAAGACAAAAGUCAAGAGUCUGCGGAUACAUUUUAAGGCAUUACCCAUCAUUUGGGGAAGGCUUCCUCCUGUCAGCCUCUUUGCACUACAACCUUAUGUUUUCAUCGCUCCAGGCGAUGCCUUUCAAAUCACUCUAUUUGGUCAUAUUUGUUAUAUGGCUGCUGAGCACUGCUCUUUUAAAAAACUGAUCACCAACGGACUUGCCUCUCAAUAUCAUUAGUAGCCCCCCCCCCCCACUCUGAAACUCAAGUACAAAUACGGCAUGACCUGAUGUGGUACAAACUCUGGUGUUUAAUUCAGGUUGUCAUCUACUGUCCUAUGUACAAGUCAGCGAUCUGCAGCUAUCAUAUUGAAAUACUGUUGUUUUCUUUCAGGGAAUUUUGCAAUCAGACCCUUCCAUCAAAAUAUUGCCCAGUAGGCAGU